AUGUCUUUUCUUCUUCCACGUUUUUCCGUUUUUUUUAAUGACACGUCGAACUUGAGUCCGUCGUCGAAAGUGUUCAGAUGGUUUAAAUUGACUCCGUCGCAAAGUCAUCCAUUAUCGAGACCGGAAAGUGGAUUCGUUGACGGUGACAAAUCGCAAAAGGAUGAAGAAUUUGAUUGUUUCAAAGGUGACGUGGGAGAAGAAUACGACGAAGAAGUCAUUUUCGAAGGUUCACAAUCCCUUUUGGAAUCUUUGAGCACGAGAAAGAGGAAAAAAUUAUUGAAAUUACAACUUGGAAGAAUGACGACGUUUUAA